AUGGAGGUGGGCAGACGAGUGGCAGAUACGUUUACGGAUCAGAGUGUACUGGUAACCGGUGCUAGUGGUUUUCUGGGAAAGGUUUUGGUGGAAAAAUUACUCUACUCGACCCCUCAGCUCAAAAACAUCUACUUGCUCAUUCGUCCUCUAGGUGCUCUUAGCCCCAAGCAAAGGCUAGCAGAAAUGCUAAAGGGACCACUAUUCGAUCGUCUUCGAAGUCAAAAUCCAGAUGCCUUCGCGAAGUUGAUUCCGGUCGGAGGAAACCUUCUGGAACAAGAUCUGGGUUUGAGUGAACCGGAUAUGCACUUAUUGUGUGAUGAAGUUGGCAUUGCAACUGUGAAAUUUGAUGAAGCCUUACGAUUGUCGAUUGAAAUGAACGUUAUGGGUACACAACGCCUAUUAGCACUUUGCCACAAAAUGCGCAAUCUUAUUGUGAUUGUGCACGCAAGUACGGCAUAUGCGAACUGUGAUAAAUCAGAAACAAUGGAAUGUGUGUAUCCACCACCGGUGCCGCCAAAUAAGUUGCUUGAUGCUGUUGAGUGGAUGGACGAUAAUAUGCUACGCUCAGUCACACCGCACUUGCUUGCUCAGCGACCCAAUACUUAUACGCUUACGAAGGCACUUGCUGAGGUGCAACUGAUUGAAGAUGCACGAAUGUUACCGCUUAUAAUAAUACGCCCCUCAAUUAUUGGCGCUAUGUGGAAGGAGCCGUUGCCAGGUUGGACAGACAAUAUCAAUGGGCCUACGGGUAUAUUCGCUGCAUGUGGCAAAGGACUGCUUACCAAUAUGUGUGGUAGUAAUCAUUCGAAAGCAGAUAUCAUUCCCGUUGAUAUUGUCUCGAAUAUGCUUAUCGUUGCUGCAGCGUACAGAAAUAAUAUCAGGUGCGAUAUGAUACCGGUAGUGCACUGUUGUUCGGGUCAGCUAAAUCCAAUCCGGUGGAAACACAUUGUCGAUUUUCUUGAAGUGUUCUAUCGAGAGUAUCCGCUCAAUGAAUGCUACCGUCUUCCGUCUACACAUUUUCACACGUCACGUGUUUUGUUCAAACUCAAUUACUAUUAUAAGCAUCUCAUUCCUGCGUAUUUAAUCGAUUUCAUAUGUCGUAUCACUGGUCGAAAUCAACAGUUUGUACGUAUUUAUGGUAAGAUAUGGCGAAUGGUUGAAACGUUACAUUAUUUCACCACGAGAGGAUGGAACUUUGAAACGAAAGGCCUGCUGACCAUGUGGGACUGGAUGUGUGACGAGGACAAACAGGUGUUCAAUUUUGAUGUUCGGCAGGUUAAUUGGGAUUCGUAUCUGUUCGAUUAUUUAAUGGGUGUUAAAAGGUAUCUAAUGAAAGAUAGGCUUGAAGAUAUUCCAAAGGCAAAGAAUAAUCUUCAUUGGUUGAAAAUCUAUUCAGCGAUUGCAAACGCUGGUUUUUGGUGGAUGUUUGUGCGCACUUUUGCCAGACGGCGUUUGAAGAAGACAACCCAGUGGGGUAUGUGGGCAAUUGGUUUUAUGCUCACGUACAUUUGGUCAAACUGUAGUUUUGGUGAACGAAUACAACUGAAAUCAAUUGAUGAGUACAAACAAAGUGCGCAUUAUUGCUAG